AUGUCGUCCCACAACACACAUCCCGACAACAACAACAACAACAACAACAGUUCUGUCGACCACGACUCCUGCACCCACUACUACAAUCUUAACUUCGACAGCUCCAUCUACCUCAAAAACAACAACUCUGCCUUCUACUACAACUCCAACCUCUACUCCUACAUCAACCUCAACAGGAACGUGACUUGCAAUCCAUCCGUUGGACUGAUUUGUAAAAACAAUGAGCAAGGUCUUCAGCAAAAGUGCUUCGAUUACGAGAUACGAGUGAAAUGUUGUCAAUGUCCUCCCACAACACACAUCCCGACAACAAUAACAACAACAACAGUUCUGUCGACCACGACUCCUACACCCACUACUACAAUCUUAACUUCGACAGCUCCAUCUACCACAAAAACAACAACUCUGCCUUCUACUACAACUCCAACCUCUACUCCUACAUCAACCUCAACAGGAGUAUCAACUACCCAGUGCAGGGGUGAAGAAAGUUGUGUGUGGUCAGACUGGAUCAACCUUGGUCAGCCAACCUCUGGCUCUGAAGGUGGAGAUAAUGAAUCCAUUAAGAACAUCAUUGCUAGUGGUUAUCACGUUUGCUCAGCUCCAGAGGCAGUUGAAUGUAGAGCAAAACAAUACCCUGGACUUCAGAUCUCUCAGCUUGGCCAAGACGUGACUUGCAAUCCAUCCGUUGGACUGAUUUGUAAAAACAAUGAGCAAGGUCUUCAGCAAAAGUGCUUCGAUUACGAGAUACGAGUGAAAUGUUGUCAAUGUCGUCCCACAACACACAUCCCGACAACAACAACAACAACAACAACAGUUCUGUCGACCACGACUCCUGCACCCACUACUACAAUCUUAACUUCGACAGCUCCAUCUACCACAAAAACAACAACUCUGCCUUCUACUACAACUCCAACCUCUACUCCUACAUCAACCUCAACAGGAGCAUCAACUACCCAGUGCAGGGGUGAAGAAAGUUGUGUGUGGUCAGACUGGAUCAACCUUGGUCAGCCAACCUCUGGCUCUGAAGGUGGAGAUAAUGAAUCCAUUAAGAACAUCAUUGCUAGUGGUUAUCACGUUUGCUCUUCUGUCGACCACGACUCCUGCACCCACUACUACAAUCUUAACUUCGACAGCUCCAUCUACCACAAAAACAACAACUCUGCCUUCUACUACAACUCCAACCUCUACUCCUACAUCAACCUCAACAGGAGCAUCAACUACCCAGUGCAGGGGUGA